AUGACGUUUCAUGCCUUCCGACAGGCUUAUGGCCUGACCAUUCCUGACCCCUUGCCACAGGAUCCCAGCAGCCACAGUGGGCGCCGGCGUCGGCGGAAGGGAGCUGAAGAGGAGAACCGGAAGCUUUGCGUCCAGGGCUUCGGUUGCGGGGUUUGGGAUUUGUCGCUUCCAGAUGCUUUGCCGUCUGCGGCGGCGCCCGCCGAGCCCGCACUCCCUGUUGAGCAGUCCCUGCCGUUGGAGGUGCUUGAGCCCAGCGACAGCCAAAGGGUGGCCGAGGGCAACGGCGGAAGCCCGUCGGAGCCGAUCCAGGACGAGGAUCCCAGCAGCCACAGUGGGCGCCGGCGUCGGCGGAAGGGAGCUGAAGAGGCGGCGGCGCCCGCAGAGCCCGCACUCCCUGUUGAGCAGUCCCUGCCGUUGGAGACGCCCGAGGUGCUUGAGCCCAGCGACAGCCAAAGGGUGGCCGAGGGCAACGGCGGAAGCCCGUCGGAGCCGAUCCAGGACGAGGAUCCCAGCAGCCACAGUGGGCGCCGGCGUCGGCGGAAGGGAGCUGAAGAGGCGGCGGCGCCCGCCGAGCCCGCACUCCCUGUUGAGCAGUCCCUGCCGUUGGAGACGCCCGAGGUGCUUGAGCCCAGCGACAGCCAAAGGGUGGCCGAGGGCAACGGCGGAAGCCCGUCGGAGCCGAUCCAGGACGAGGAUCCCAGCAGCCACAGUGGGCGCCGGCGUCGGCGGAAGGGAGCUGAAGAGGCGGCGGCGCCCGCCGAGCCCGCACUCCCUGUUGAGCAGUCCCUGCCGUUGGAGACGCCCGAGGUGCUUGAGCCCAGCGACAGCCAAAGGGUGGCCGAGGGCAACGGCGGAAGCCCGUCGGAGCCGAUCCAGGACGAGGAUCCCAGCAGCCACAGUGGGCGCCGGCGUCGGCGGAAGGGAGCUGAAGAGGCGGCGGCGCCCGCAGAGCCCGCACUCCCUGUUGAGCAGUCCCUGCCGUUGGAGACGCCCGAGGUGCUUGAGCCCAGCGACAGCCAAAGGGUGGCCGAGGGCAACGGCGGAAGCCCGUCGGAGCCGAUCCAGGACGAGGAUCCCAGCAGCCACAGUGGGCGCCGGCGUCGGCGGAAGGGAGCUGAAGAGGCGGCGGCGCCCGCCGAGCCCGCACUCCCUGUUGAGCAGUCCCUGCCGUUGGAGACGCCCGAGGUGCUUGAGCCCAGCGACAGCCACAGGCUCGCCCGUGACAAUGGUGGAUCCCCCCAAGCCACAGAGGCCGCAGAGGCUGCAGAGGAUCCCAGUAGCCGCGGCGGCCGACGGCGACGGCGGAAGGGGGCAGACGAGGCUGCCCCGAGCGAACCCGCCCAGUCCUUGCCGCCCUUGCCGGAGACGGAUGUGGCAGAGAGCAAGCACAGCCACAGGUCGGUACGUAUUCAGGAAGACGGCAGCGAAGGAACCCCACCGGAACCAGUUCAGGAACCCGGUGGUCGCAGCGGCCGACGGCGGAGGCGGAAGGUGGCUGACGAGGACGCAGAGGAGCACCCCGACAACGACAGGUUGGCUGCCAGCGACGAGAGCAGUGGGGGAACGCCGGAGCUCGACGAGGAUCUCAGCGGCCGCCGUCGACGGCGACGCCGCAAGGAGGCCGAAGAGGAUGGCGAAGAUGCGACGGCCACAUCGGAGUCCCGCAGUGGCCACAGGAGUCGUCGGCGCCGGGGGGAGGAUGAAGAUGCCGCCAGCGCCAAGGAGGAGGUGACGUCCGGCCCGAGGCAUCGGCGCAGCGACGAGGACCGCAGUCGACGGCGGAAGGCCGAAGAGGAGGAGGUGCCUGAGUCGACCGGCGACCAGAGGUUGGACCCGAGUGACGAGAGCAGUGACGAAACUCCUGAGCCCAUGCAGACCGAGGACACUGACGGACUCAACCAGGGUGUCUCCGAGCCAUCAGAGAAGUCAGAGCGUCGGCGGCGUCGCCGGCAGGAUGGCGAGGAGACGAAUGCCACAUCGGAGUCUCGAAGCGGCCACAGGACCCGUCGGCGCCGAGGGGAGGAGGAUGUCACCGCCAGCGAGGAGGUGACCUCUCGUUCGAGGCGCCGGCGUGAGGAGGGCGGACGAAGACGGCGGAAAGAGGCGGACGAGGAGGAGGUGCUGGAGCCCGCCGGCGACAGGUUGGGUAUCGAAGAGGGCAGCGGAAGCGAGCCCAUUGAGGCAGCACCGGUGGAGAAGCCUCGCCGGAGGAGGAGAAGAAGACCAAAGACCAUCCAGGAGGAGGACCAAGAGGAAGAGGCGGAAGAGGAAGAGAUGGACUACGACCCCUUCGGCUGA